AUGCAUCCGGACGAGGUGUACCUGCCCAGAAUUGGCGAUUGGUAGGCCGAUUUCAUAGAAAAAAAGUGUAAAAAUUCCAUUUUCAGCCGGAAAUGCGAACACUUCGAUGAGUUAUUUCGAGGGAGAUGGCUGCGAUCGCAAUCUGACGUGCUUCAGCUCUUAUUGGACGUACAUUGCGGCCACGUGGACAAAUACAAACAUUCCGAAACCCGAAAAUGUGACGGAUAAUAAUAUUGUGAGUUUUCUCGUGUAAAAUGUCUUGAAUUUUGAUGCGGCUCCUUUAAAAUCGCUCAAAAAACCAGUGUUUGUGCUCGUUUCCGCUGAAAAAUCGAUAAAAAUUUUCAGUACAUCAACUCUGGCACAGGCGAUCAAGGACCGCCGGUGAAUCUAAUCGACCUUUUCGGAAUAAGUUGUGUGAAUUCGACGUGGUACGCAACAAAAUAUCCGUUCGGAAUCGAGUACAGCGCCAUAAUUAUGAAUGUGAGCGAGGUCGAGGGAAACGGAUAUAUGACAGAGAUCAGCAUGAUUUUCUGUAUGGAAUUAGAAUAA